AUGGAGUUUACUGAAGGUGCCUACCUACCCGCGGAGCUGGAAGCGCCAGCGUUUGGUGUGCCUGACGACCAGAGCGUGCAAGAGGCCGUUGAGCGAAUUGAGCCGUUCCUCAAGGGCCAAGGUUACCUUCCAAUUGGAGGACGUCUCAGGGUGCACAACGCAACAGCCGAGGAAGCUUAUCAAGUCCUUGACCUUAUCUUUCGACUGGCAAGCCAGCAGCAGCUUGAUGAUAGGUCCCGUGAGCAACUCCGAGACCAAGCGGACAAGGACCGCGUGGCGCUCGCCCACGCCCAAAAGAAGAAUGAGUCACUGGAGGAGGGUAACAGAAAGUUGAUGGCGCAAGUGAAAGAAUUAGAGAGCAAGCUCCUGGCCGCCAAGCACAAGGCUGAUGAGCAAGAGCGUGAGCUAAAGCAAAAGCUCCAAUCGACAACUGCCAGGCUGAAUGGGUACCUCUACGGCGGACGGGACGCUGGAAAGCGCACCGUUGCUGGCGCCGGUUGUGGUGGCGGUGCCAACUCAUCCGCUGGUGUGGCACUGCGCAAAAUGACCCCUGCCUAUGACAGGUUCCUUGACGACCCAGCGGAAGCAGCCGCUGCCUCUCAGAAGCUAGAAGCGGAGCUUUCGCAGCUGAAACAGCAAAAUACGCGUCUUAAAAAGCAGCUGGCGGCAGCACGUGAACAGCUCGGUUCCAGCCCGCGAGCAGUGGGUUCUGGAGAUUCUCCGCUGCGCGAUGGCCAGCGGGGCGACCAGUUGGCGACGGUACCUGAGGCGAUGCGGAGUUCGCUCUCGGACUUCCGCAGCGCAAGCCUGAGUUCGGCUUCAAACGAGGUGGUGCGGCUCCAAAGGCUGGUCCGCGAGCUACAGAUGACCGUGGAACAACAGCAGCGGCAGCUUGACAAGGCUACUGGAGAUCGGUCAGAGCUGCACAAGACGCUGAGCUCCUUGCGAAGCAAAUGCGCGACUCUGGAGGUGGAGCGAAAAAACGCGGAAGAUCGAUUCCUUCGGGCUCAACGUGCCACGGCAGCACUCCUUGAGCCGGAGGCCCAGAGUACAGAACUGCGCGGUAAACUAGCAGUCGCCGAGCGGGACCUCCACGAAGCCAAUUGCAGGGCUGAUUUGCUUCAGCAGCGCCUCGUUGCCGCUGAGGUUGAACUUGAGUCCAACCAACGCCACAUGGGGGUCCUUAAGCGAGCCAUUCGAGCACUACCCAAGGGCCAACAGGCGCUUGACCAGUUGGGCCAGCUUUUGGCCGAGGAACUAGAACCGCUUCGUGCUCAGCUGCGAAGCGCAAAAUUGGAGCUUGAAGUGGCACGAUCACAGGCCGUUUUAACAGUACGGACUGAUGAGCCGUCCUGUGCCGGCGGUACAGAAGGCCAGGACCCGCCCUCAUCCAGGGGCCAAUCAGCCAGGUGGAGUGCAGAGGGGCUUCCGCUAUCCCCUGCACUGCCCCUUCCGGCAUCGCCACCAGCCCGUUUUGAUGGUUUCAGGACUAGGCCGGGCCUGACGGCAGACAGCCCGCAGCUGAUGAUGCAACCGCCGCCGAUCCACGCCUUCUAUAACCGGGCUUACUCCUCCACGAUGCCGUCGGAACGGUUGUUGAUAAGCGCAUCGCCACUUGAAGGUCCUCUGGACGUUCAACCGUCACGAGUGCCAGGCGAGCAACCAGGCUUUGGAGACCCAAGCUCCGGGGGAAUGCAGCAGGGUGGUACAGGCAGCUGCAGCGGUGCUGCCGGUAGCGGAGCUGUUAUGCGGCGAAGCAUGUCUGCUGGUGUGGCACACCGCGUUGGCGAUGCAUACACGUCAGCCGAGCGGCAGCGCGCCCGCUGGCAGGUACACAACACACAGGCACGGCAACGCUUCCCGAGCCCCAUUGAUAUUAUCAUGGAGCAGGCGCGGAACCCCACGACGGCGGACGCAACCAUAUCUAUUGUCGCUUCGCCGAUUCCGUAGGCGCGUGGGGGAACAUCUUCACAGGGUUCAUCUCCCUGACUUGUUCUGUAAGAAAUUUUGUUUGAUGUUCUGGAAUUUCACAGUCACGUGUGUCCUCGCUUUGAUGGUGGAGGGACUGUCGAUUAUGCUGAUACGUCGCGCAUACGUAGCUAACGGAUAUUAUUAACGGAUAUUAUUUGUAAGCAAACGAUG